AUGGCUGAACCAGCUUCGGCGGUCAUCGCCCUCAUCGGGACGGGCCUCAAGACGUGGAGUGUCUUUGAGGCCCUGAUCAAGGCCGUCAAAAACUCCCCCGAUGACAUCCAGCACUGGACCAUGGUGAGCGACCUGCUUACCAAGUCUUGCUCCCUCAUGAAGGAGAGGCUGGAGAGGUGGCGGGUAGCCACUUUGACACCCACGCAAAAGGACUAUCUUGAAUCUAUUGGAGAAUACCUCAGACGCUUCCAGGCAGACCUCUCCAAGCUGGAGAUACCGGACGCAGAUGUCUUCCAUGGAGGAGAUUCGACCUUCAAGGAUAGGGCAAUGAAGGCGUUUCGCUUGAAGCUGGAUCAGGACGACCAUGUAAUCAAGCGUGUCGACAGGAACAUUCAGAUCUUCCAGAUUAGUACUUCUGGCCUGAGCCUAUUAGAACCAGGCCCCGUCGAGAGAGUUAGAGAGGUCCUCAACGAGCUCGGAACGACGUUCCCACGAUUAUCGACCGACGAUCAGAAGCUGCAGACAUGGCGGCAGACCACCCAGGCCUUGCUGACGGACACGGCGACGCAGUACUUCCGCGAGAAUCCGAACCCAUCGAGUGCACAAACUGAACGCCUCCUGCUGCCACCGUCGGGACGCAGAAAGAGCAGCGUCAGAGAGCUUCAGUACAAGUUUGAGGCAGCACAGAACUGGGCCACUCGCUUCUUUGAGGCUGACAUGCCUAUCCUUGCCCUGCCAUUCCAACUGCAAGCUAUCGACCUCGGAAAAGAGCUGAGGGAGCAACAGCCAGGUUAUGCUUUGGACAUGGCAGAACGGGUCAAUCUGGCGGAGAAAUACGUAGCCAUCGUCAUUUCAUGCCAGAAGCACGAUCAAACAGCCGUUGCAAGUGCCGUUGAGAGGCUCAACGUCCUCGGCUCCACGGUUCUGGAAGAGUCACGUCCUUAUCCGACUCCCCAGCUGUGCGAUGAGCAGCGGAGAAUUGCCGAGAUGUUUGCAGACCUAAACGAACCAGAAAAGUCCAUCAAGUUCUUCAGACGCGCCCUCGACGAUUAUAUACGGCUGGGGAAGGAGCAGUACCAUCGACAGAUUUGCGAGACCUACAACUUGACUGAGAGACAAUACCAGAUGAACAGAAGACAUGUUGAUGUGGACGCGUUUCGAGCCGAGAUGCGCGAUGAACUAGGGGACGGCUUUAUCCCGAGGCGGGACGAUCUUGCCAGAACUGUCGGUUGGUGUACUUCCAAGGGAUUCGACGUGACUGGCGAGGAUGAGCUCACCUUCACCCAGCUCACAAACGAGGAUGGAGAUACACCGUUACAUGUGGCUGCCCGAGAUCGGGGAAUGGACAUGUCGGUGCUGGCGGAGCUCAUGACGCUGGAAAAGUUCUAUGAGAUGGAGGAUAGCAAUGGUGACACACCUCUUCUUGUCGCUGUUAGCAACUCAAACAUCGAGGUUCUGAAGGAGCUUCUAACAAGGCCGUACCUUGUUCUUGUCAGAGACAGAAACAGACAAACACCCAUUCAUAGGUGUCGAGACAAGGAGACGCUUCGGAUAGUGCUCCAAGCGAUAGAGACUGUUAGGAGUCUUCCGAGUCGUCCUGGCUUGGAGAAUGUCGGGAUUGACACCAAGGACGGUUAUGGGCAGACGGCUCUGCACCUGUUUUGCUAUCAGCUUCAAGCCGGGCUUGUCAAGAUCCUGGUUGAUAGGGGGGCUGACGUAAACGCCUUCUGCUCAGGGAACAGGACACCGCUGAUGCUUGCACUUCGGCAAGGACAGAGCGAGACAGAGCUCCAUCGCAUCAUCAGGGUGUUGAUCUGUAAGGGCGCAAGCAUAGAAGGGACGGAUAGGUAUGGUCAGAAUGACCUACAAAAGGCUCUUCUGAGAAAGGGAUAUGACCAGAGGAAGAUCCUCAAGCUGAAGGCUGGAGAUUCCGGGUCAAGUACGAUGAGCGCAAAGAGCUUUGGACGGGUGUCGACAAACUCUUCAGGGAAGAGGGGGCACUGGCCCGCGUGGUUAUGUCUAUCGAAUAUGAGGCGUGGUUAG